UUUUUGCACAUUCAGAAUCGCGAAAAUGGCUUCUGACGAAGGUAACCCAAACGGCACUCUGAUCAUCGAUGGAAGUGUUAUGGAAGGGGGAGGUCAAAUCCUUCGGAAUGCAGUCAGCUUCGCAUGCCUGUUGAAUUCUGCAGUUUGUGUUCAGAAUAUCAGAGCUGGAAGGUCUGCACCAGGAUUAAGAGCUCAACAUAUGACCGGACUGCAACUGGUGCGAGAUGUUACUUCUGGUAAACUUGAAGGUGACAAAAUUGGUUCCACUUCAGUCUCUCUUCAUCCAGGCAGUAUUGGUUCUGGGAUAUUUUUAGCAGAUACUCAUACAGCUGGGAGUGUUUCUCUGCUUAUGCAGUUGGCUCUUCCUUGCCUUCUAUAUGCUCCUGAGACAUGUAAGUUAAUACUUAAAGGAGGAACAAAUGCAGAAAUGGCCCCACCUAUUGAUUACAUGACAGAUAUUUUGAGACCAGCUAUAAAAAGACUGGGUGUAGACUUUGAUUGUGAGAUUGUAAAAAGAGGUUAUUAUCCUAAAGGAGGAGGAGAAAUUCAUGUUACAGUAAACCCUGUCAAACAGUUGAAGCCAUUACAGUUACUACAAAGAGGAACAUUAUCCAAGAUUACAGGUCGUGCUUAUGUUGCAGGUGUUUUACCUUUCAAGAUGGCCCAGACUAUGGCUGAAGUGGCCCAUAGAAUGUUGAAGGAGAAAUACCCUGAUGUGCAGGAUAUUAAGAUAGAACCAGAUAAAGAACCUGGAGACAAGGCACAUGGAAGUGGAUCUGGAAUAAUGCUUAUGGCUGAAUCCUCUACUGGAUGUAGAAUUGCUGGAUCAGCAAUUGGAAGGAAAGGUGUUUCUCCACAGGAGGUUGCAAGAAAUGCAGUUGAGGAGCUGGCAAAUAAUCUUCAAUAUGACAGUUGUGUUGAUGAACAUCUUCAGGAUCAGCUGAUCAUAUUUAUGGCUUUAGCUGCUGGUCAUUCAUCUAUGAAAUGUGGACCACUCACUAUGCACACACAGACAGCUAUUCAUGUUGCUGAGAAAAUCAUGAAGGCAAAGUUCAAGGUGCAGCAGAUGCCUGAUGAGAAAGAAUGCAUUAUUGAAUGUGAAGGAAUAGGUUUAAAAAACCCACAUUUAUAACAAUUAGAACUUCCUCAGCUUGUAAAUAUUAAUAAAGAAUCACUAAUGAAUAAAUUAUUGAGAAAUAAAUAAAUGUAUCUGUACCUGGUGGUAUGAGAUGUGAUUGUCUACCUGAAAUAAAUACUUAACCCUUUCACUCCCAAGAUCUGAUUAGUAAUUCUCCUUACUAUCUGCCAUACAAUUCUUAUGAUGUUAGUUCAGAGAAUUUGGUAUUGGAUCAACUAAUAAUCCCAUGAUUGAUAUUCUUCUCUAUUCUCAUCACCUACCUGCUUGAUAUUGUAUUGACAUUGUAAGGAGAAAUUCUGUCUUGGUCACUUAUGAGAGUAACUCCCACGAGUGACCAAAACAGAAUUUAUCCUUAAAAUAUAGAUACAAUAUUAAAUAAACAAGAGA